AAUGAGCAGGCCGCUUAGUGAGAGGCGGAGCGGCGGGACGGGAGAGAAGAUGGAGGCGGCGGCGGCAGCAGAGCGGGGUCCGGCAGCUCCGGGCGGCGGCGGGGCUGCCCCUCUGGGGCCGCGGGCGGUGGCGGCGGUGCCGGAGCGGCUGCAGCGGCGGGAAGCGGAGCGGCAGCGGGAAGCGGAGCGGCGGCGGCAGGAGAAGGCGGCCCAGGCGGUGCAGGAGGAGCAGAGCGGGUUCUUCGCGGCCGCCUUCUCCCGGGAGCGGGCGGCCAUCGAGGCGCUGCUGGGGCCCGGCCCGGGCCAGGCGGAGGAGGAUGCGGCGGGCCAGACCGAGUCGCUGGAGGAGGCGGCUGCCCGGCUGCAAGGGCUGCAGAAGCUCCUCACCGACAGUGUCCGCUUCCUGGCGCCGUACGAGGUGCGGCAGGGGCAGGAGGCGCUGAGUCGGCUCCAGGCGGCCUUGGCGGCCAGGCGCCAGCAGCUGCAGCCCAAGAAGCGAUUCGCCUUCCGGGCCCGCAGGAAGGAGGCGGAGUCCGCCCCGCCGCCUGCCCCGGCCGGCCAGCUGCCCUCGGAGUCCGCCCCGCCGGCCGGCCAGCUGCCCGCGGAAGGCGAAGGGAGCGGCCCCCCGCUGUGCGGCUUCAGCCGGGCCGAGGCCCAGACGCUGGAGCUCGGCCCCUCGGAACUGCUGCAGCGCGAUGUGCUCCUGGCCGACCUGACCGACUGCCGGGUGCUGCUCCGCGGCAACCCCAACACGCUCCGGGUGCGGGACUGCCGGGGCUGCACCGUGCUCUGUGGCCCCGUCUCCACCUCGGUGCUGGUGGACGGGUGUAGCGACUGCCUCCUGGCGCUGGCCUGCCAGCAGCUCCGCACCCACCGCACCCGGGACGCCCGGAUCUACGUGCAGGUGACCAGCCGGGCUAUGGUGGAGGACUGCAGCGGCGUCCGCUUCGCCCCCUACACUUGGAGCUACCCAGGCAUCGAGGACGACUACGAGUCCUCCGGGCUGGACAGAGGCAGGAAUAACUGGAACUUGGUGGAUGACUUUGACUGGCUGGCCAGAGAUGAGCCCUCGCCUAACUGGAGCGUGAUCCCUGAGCAGGAGAGAAUCACCCAGUGGGACUGAAUGGGGGCUGCAAAGGAAACACUUUCCGGUCUCUGAGACUGCAGAGGAAACUUGUGACUGAUCAGCAGGUCCCAGCAGAGCUGCAAAUAAAACUAACAUUGAUUUAUUCUAAAACAACAAUAGCAGUUUGUGGGUCUUCAAAUGCUGAAUUAUAAUGUGGGAUUAAACUGCUUGUUCUAAACUGCUGUAAAUUGAUGUGCUAUGCUAGAGGCUGGUAACCACUGCAGUAUCCCUGUGACAACUCUUUAUGGUUUCUGUGAUUUGUAUGCUGAUCCUCUAAAUAGAGGUAUGCUGUUGCCUACUUUUUGUUCAACAAGAUAAAAUCUGAAUUGCCUUAUGGUAAUGUACACUUCAGUGGAUCAGGAAAUACAAUGCUCAGACUCCAGAGUUCUAUAGCCUAUUACAAGCUGCGACCCUGUCUAGGAAAAAAUGUUUGUUCUUCAUGGUUGGUAAUAUGGUAAAAGCUUUUCAGAGAGGUGGAAUUUUUCCGUUAGCCUAGUGCUGUCUACGCUGGGGUUUAGGUUGACUUAAAUUCACUCUCCUGAGAUGUAGAAUUCACACCCCUAAGCUAUAUAGCUAGGUCAGCCUAAAUUUUCAGCAUAGACCAGGCCUAGGAUUUACUUUAAUCUGCUAACAUGGAUGAAAACUACAAUUUGCCUUGUCUGCCUAGGCUUUUAGGAUAUGUUGGCCAACAGGUAAGGACCUCCCUGUUUUCCUGGUGGAGACUAACCCUACACUCAAGGUUUUGAUCUCCAGUUAACUCAAGGUAAAUACGUUCAUAAAUGCUAAUCUGGGUGCUAAAGGGCAAAUGUUUGUAGCCUGAAAUAGCUAUUCGGGAAAUAUCCAGAUUGGCAAUUAAUGUUUGUAAUGGCUAAUCUGUUGAUGAGGUAAAAAGUAGUGUAAACAAUUUCUUAGAGUGCACAUAUUUAAGGUAUGCAAUAGAUGAUUGGUACCACCAGGGUCUUGCUCUAGUAAUAUGGUACAUUUGCCUAAAGGGGUUGAAUUGCUGUGAAAUUGUUUUUGGUGGGGGAAGGAGAGGAAGAAUCUUAACCACAAACUCUUGCUCUACUGUCUGUACUGCUGCCUUUACUUUUUGUAUAGGCAAGUUGCAUAGGCUAUUUACCAAAACCUAUUAUGGUGAAGAUGUGGCAGUAGACUUUCAGAAAGCACAUUGUGUAGCAUUAUGUACUUACAUUAGAAGACAAUAUGGAACAGUCUGCAAGCCUUUGUCCUUUUAAAAAAAAACACCAAACUAUAUACAGGAACUGCCAUUAAAAGCACUCUGUUUACAAGUAGGACAGAUGGUAUAGAGUGUGGAAAUUUGAAACAACUGCCUUGUUCAAAGGUCAUUUCAUUGUAACAUUCCUACACCUAAGAACAUUUCUACUCUAAAAUAUUAGUGUAGAUAAAUAUAAACACUGCCUUGCCUACUGAAAAAAACAAACCCUGCUCUCUGGGCUGAAGUGCAAUGUUUUAAAACAUCAAACACAUUCAUAAUCAUGAUAAGGCAGCAUCUAUUUGAAGGUACUCUACCUGACUGUUUUUAAAGAACAAAUAUAGUGUCACCUAUUCUGUGUUUUUUUUUUUCCAGAAUAAAGUUGUUACCCUCUCAUUUACAGUUUAACUUGUAUGGGGUUGGGGGUAUUUUCACAACUUUGUAGUUUUGUUUCUUACACUAAUUUACAUCUUCAGACUCACAGUUUCAGGUAUAAUACCAUGAAUGUACUUUAGCAACUGUAUUUAACUCAAUCCUUUUUUGUCUGAUUUUCUGCUGAUGUUGAAACUGUUUUGGCAGUCUAAUGAAUAUGUUCCAAGAAAAUAGUUCUCAGGGGUCUGUACGUAUUGUAUCUUUAAAGGGACAUUAUAAAAUGUCACAUCUCAAA